AUGGCAUAUACUCCGACCAGUCCCAAGACACCCUCAAGCGACAUUGAACUGCAGCACCCGACAGCGAAGCAGACCCUUCUCUCCCAUGCCCUGACCGGGCACUACCACAGCAACGGACACAGCCACCUCAAAUCACAGUCGCCCGACGGCCGGAUCGCCACUCCCAUCGACUUUGACGGCCUCAGUUUUCCCAGUGUCGGAGCGAGGGAGCGCCGUGAAGACACAGAGGAACAACGUGUAGCAAGAAUUGAAAAGAUCUCGGGAGCAGUGCGCAUUAUUUUGGAAUGCAUCGGAGAAGAUCCUGACCGCGAGGGCCUCCUCAAGACCCCAGAGCGCUAUGCCAAGGCACUCAUGUUUUUCUCGAAAGGCUACGAAGAGAGCGUUACCCACCUGAUGAACAAGGCACUUUUCCAAGAAGAUCACGAUGAGAUGGUGAUCGUAAAAGGCAUUGAUGUCUUUUCUUUGUGUGAACACCAUAUGGUACCAUUCACCGGCAAGAUCCAUAUUGGUUACAUUCCAAAGAAUGGUAAGGUCGUUGGGCUUUCCAAGAUUGCCCGUUUGGCAGAAAUGUUCAGCCGCCGCCUUCAGGUGCAGGAACGAUUGACGAAGCAAGUAGCGAUGGCGCUGCAAGAACUGCUUGAUCCUCUGGGUGUAGCCGUUGUCAUGGAAGCAAGUCAUUUCUGUAUGGUAAUGCGCGGUGUGCAGAAGCCCGGUAGCCAGACUAUCACCAGCUCCAUGUUUGGCUGCUUCAGGGACCAAGGGAAGACUAGAGAAGAGUUUCUGGCCCUGAUUAGACGCAACGGCAUUUGA